AUGGGAAGUGUGAUCGACACGACGCUUUUGGCUUUGGUGGUGGAUUUGAGAAAGUUGGAGUUGGUAGUGUGGGUAAAAUACUCGUCGUAUUGGAAAGCGCCAGAGAACCGCCUUGAAGAAGGAGCGACCAAGCGAAACCAAGCGGGUCGAAGUGCAAUCCUGAUGCUUUUGAAGGCCAAGGAUCCACUGCUCGCGGGUCGAGGCUGCCCAGGUUUGGAGGAGGCACGAGAGAAUGUUCCUUGA